UAGAAUUAUUUCAUCCACUAUCCCUGAAAAAUGUCAAAUGAAGGAAUAGUUUAAAAAGCAAUGUAGAUUAAUGGAUUUACUAGCAUAUCGCAGCACUUCCAGUUUCAAAUCCUUGCGCCAUUUUGUUUUAGAAUUCAUGAACUAGAAUAAAAUUAUUGAGAGCUACUGUCAAAUCUAUGAGCAUAUCAGAGUUAAUGGAAGCAACAAAAAUCAGUGGCAGAAACUGCGGCUGCUCGUUCUGCAGUAGCAGAUGCAUUCAAAGCUCAGGAAUUAUUAUUCUACGAAACAAUUGGAACCGUUACUGCAAACGGUUCAAAAAAUGCCUGAAGUCCAUGCCGCCAACAACCAAUUUACCAGUUUUAGCGAUAUUGGUGUCAUCUUGAAGGUCUGUAGUCGCAUCAACUUAUUCACACAACCUAAGAAACGCCAUGCUCGCAUUUCUAUUGAAACCAAGGUGUUGAAAAUGUACUUUAGCUGCGGCAGUUACAAUGAUGCGCGUCAAGUGUUUGACCAAAUGUCUACACCUAGUGUGGAGGCAUGGGAUGCCAUGAUCAACGAACAUGUCAAGGGCGAGCACUGGCAGGAGGCCAUUGAAGUCUUUCACCAUAUGCAAAGGCGGGGAAUGAAACCACACAAAUUUAUAAUUCCUUUGGUUCUCAAGGCUUGCGCUCGUCUUGCAGCUCUACAAGAGGGAAAAGACAUCCAUGACUAUGUAAAAAGAGUCGGACUUGAGUCAGAUGGCUUUAUAGCGAAUUCCCUUCUUGCAAUGUACGCAAAAUGCGGAUGUUUGAAUAAAGCGCGAGAAGUGUUUGACAAAAUGUCUGAGAGAGGCGUGGUUUCGUGGAAUGCCAUGAUUGCGGGGUAUCUUCAGAGUGGAGAUUGUGAGGAGGCUUUGCAUCUUUUCAAUCAGAUGAAAAUGUCAGGCAUAAAUCCAAACUGCGUCACAUGGACCUCAAUGAUUUCAGGGUAUGCGCAAAAUGGAUAUUGGAAUGAGGUAUUGGAAUUCUUUCGUAAAAUGCAAAAGGCAAAUGUAGAACCCAUAUCCAACACUCUCAAUAGCAUUCUAUCAGCUUGUGCAUACUUUAGAUCUCUGGACAAGGGAAAGGAUGUCCACUCUUAUGCGGUUAAAACUGGCUUUGAAUCGGAUGUUUAUGUUAGGAGUGCUCUCAUUGACAUGUAUGCUAGAUGUGGAUGUUUAGAGGUUGCAAGUCAAUUAUUUAACAAAAUGCCCGAGAGAAAUGUAAUCACUUGGACUACUCUGAUUGCCGGAUAUGUCCAGCAUGGGUUUGCUAAUGAAGCCUUGAAACUGUUUAGUCAGAUGAAUAUGGCAGGCGUCAAACCAAACUCUGUCACCAUAGCCACCGUUCUGCCAUCAUGUGCUUACUUAACAGCUUUGCAGCAGGGCAAGGAAAUCCACGCCUAUAUCAUCAAGUUUGGUUUUACACCUCACGUAAUUGUUGAGAGUGCCCUCGUAGACAUGUAUGCCAAAUGCAAAAAUAUAGAAUUGGCACGAAAUAUUUUUGAUAGAAUGACUCUGAAAAACGUAGUAUCAUGGAAUUCAAUGAUUGCAGGAUACACCCAUAAUGAACAUACCGUUGAGGCUUUGAACCUUUUCCGAUUAAUGCAUCUGACUGAUGUACAACCUACAGCUGUGACUAUUGCAACUAUUCUGCCAGCAUGUGGCCAUUUAGCCACACUGCAACAAGGCAAGGAGAUCCAUACUUAUAUACUCCGAAAUGGUUUUGAAUCAGUCAAUUUUGUGGGGAACGCUCUUAUAGAUAUGUAUUUAAAAUGUGGGAAUAUAGAGUUGGCAAACCAGCUAUUUAGUAAAAUUUCCCAGAAAAAUCAGGUAUCAUGGACUACAAUGAUUGCAGGCUAUAGCAUGCAUGGGCUUGGCAAGGAAGCGCUUGCAUUAUUUAAGCAAAUGCAAGAGGCAGACAUGAAACCAGACCAAAUCACCUUUGUUGCUGUCCUAUCCGCAUGCAGCCGUGCAGGUCUAGUAGACGAAGGAUGGCAAUACUUUGAAUCAGUGCAACAAGUUUAUGGCAUCAAACCAACCAUAGAGAUCUAUGGGUGCAUGGUUGAUCUUCUUGGUCGUGUUGGGCAGUUGAAUGAAGCAUGCAAAUUUAUUGAGGACAUGCCUUUACAACCUACUGUCGGUGUGUGGGGAUCUUUGCUUGGUGCUUGCAGAAUCCAUUGCAAUAUAGAGCUAGGAGAAUAUGCAGCAAAACGAAUUUUUGAGUUAGAAACAGAAGAUUCCGGGUUCUAUAUACUCUUAUCAAACAUCUAUGCUAAUUCUGGCAGGUGGGAUGAUGUAGUAAAGAUCAGAGAAGUCUACAAAAGAAAAAAAUUUACACGAAGGCCAGGGUGCAGCUGGAUCGAGAUUAAGAACAGGGUUCAUACAUUCCUCGUUGGAGACAAAUCCCACCCACAAUCAGAGAAAAUUUAUGCUAUGUUGGAGAGCUUGUCUACAAUGAUGAAGGAUGCGGGGUAUGUACUCGAUACUGGUUUUGUGCUUCACGAUUUAGAGGAGGAAGAUAAGGAAUUCUUUAUCUGUGGUCAUAGUGAGAGACUAGCCAUAGCCUUUGGGCUUAUCUGCACGAGUCCUGGGACAACUUUAAGGAUAGCUAAGAAUCUCCGAGUAUGUGGCGAUUGCCACAAAGUUACAAAGAUUAUCUCCAAAAUUGUAGAGCGAGAAAUUAUUGUGAGGGAUUUAAAUCGUUUCCAUCAUUUUAAGGAUGGAUGCUGCUCCUGUGGUGAUUAUUGGUGACAACAGCUGAUACGAACAGUAAAUUUGAGCUUAUAGGGAAGACGCUUUGUUAACGUGGCAGCAACUUUGAGUUUAUUGUGUAGAGAAGCCGUUUUAAUGUUCCAUAUCUUGAUGUUAUACCUAUUGGCAGGGAUUGCAAUUUUUUCUGGUUUAUCAAUGUUGAACCGGAGUGUAAAAGCUUUUUUGUGCAACAAACAAUACAAUUGAUUUUGCA